GCCGGGGCGGGAGGCGGCGGCGGCGGCGGCGCGGAGCAGGUGGGGGCCGGGGCCCGUGGCGGAGCCGUGCGGUGUCCCCGGCCGGUCCCGCGCAGGUCUCCAGGCAGGGUCUCGCCACUGUGGACUCCUCACCCUGCCGGAGGGCAGGGCCCGCUGCCUCCAGGAUGGCGAGGUGGCUGCCUCGCUCUGCUGACCUGACCCGCUUCUGCCAGAAACUCAACCGGGUGAAGACCUUGGAGGAUGACAUGAUGGAGACGUCGUUCAACAGAUGCCUUUCCACCAUCGACUUGACGCUGCUGGGCAUUGGCGGCAUGGUGGGCUCUGGGCUGUACGUCCUCACGGGCACCGUGGCCAAGGAGAUUGCCGGCCCUGCCGUCAUCGUCUCCUUCAUAAUUGCCGGCUUUGCCUCACUCCUGGCUGCUCUCUGCUAUGCUGAGUUUGGGGCCCGGGUACCUAAGACGGGCUCUGCCUACAUGUUCACCUACGUGUCUGUGGGUGAGAUCUGGGCUUUCCUCAUUGGCUGGAACGUGCUGCUGGAGUACAUGAUCGGAGGAGCUGCGGUGGCCAGGGCCUGGAGUGGCUACCUCGACUCCAUCUUCAACCACAAGAUAAAGAACUUCACCGAGACCCACGUGGGCACCUGGCAGGUGCCAUUCCUGGCCCGCUACCCCGACUUUCUGGCAGCCGCCGUCCUGCUAGUAGCCACUGCCUUCAUCUCCUUCGGGGCCAAAGUGUCCUCCUGGCUCAACCAUGUCUUCUCAGCCAUCAGCAUGGGUGUCAUCCUCUUCAUUCUCAUCAUGGGCUUCAUCCUUGCGCAGCCCAAGAACUGGGGUGCCCAGGAGGGUGGCUUUGCCCCAUACGGGCUGUCGGGCAUCAUGGCCGGCACAGCGACCUGCUUCUAUGCCUUCGUGGGCUUUGACGUCAUUGCGGCCUCCAGCGAAGAGGCCAGGAACCCGCAGAAGGCUGUCCCCAGGGCCAUAGCUUUCUCCUUGGGGCUGGCCACUGGGGCCUACAUCCUAGUGUCAGUGGUGCUGACACUGAUGGUGCCCUGGCACACAUUGGACCCCGACUCUGCCCUGGCGGAUGCGUUUUACAGGAGGGGCUACGCCUGGGCAGGGUUCCUGGUGGCCGCUGGCUCCAUCUGUGCAAUGAACACAGUCCUGCUGAGCAACCUCUUCUCCCUGCCACGCAUCGUCUACGCCAUGGCUGAGGACGGGCUCUUCUUCCAGGUCUUCUCCCAAGUGCAUCCCCGUACGCAGGUGCCUGUUGUUGGCAUCAUGGUCUUCGGGCUGCUGAUGGCCCUGUUGGCCCUUGUCUUUGACUUGGAGGCCCUGGUGCAGUUCCUGUCCAUCGGCACGCUGCUGGCCUACACCUUCGUGGCUGCAAGCAUCAUCGUCCUGCGCUUCCAGCAGCAGAAGGUGGAUGCCUCUGUGCCAGUGGCCGGUGGCCGGCCCAGCCCCGAGCCCUGUGAGGGUCCGUCCGCUGGGGAGCUGAAGGAGUACGAGUCCUUCUCUGACAAGCUCCAGCUGGUGGACAGGGACAAGAGCAAAGAGCACCGGGAGCCGGGGCAGCUGAAGGCAGCUUUCGAGCCCUACUUGGAAUUCCUCAGCGACUUCUACCCGGGUGAGGUGGUCACGGUGGCUGUGGUGACCCUGAUGGUGUCUGCCAUCUGCCUCUGCUCCAUCUUGGUGUUUGGCAACACCCACCUCCACCUCCCCACCUGGAGCUACUCCCUGCUGCUGGUCCUUUUCAGCCUGGGUUUCCUGCUCAGCCUCCUCCUCAUCUGGGCGCACGAGCAGCAGCGCAGCACGCAGACCUUCCAGAUCCCCCUGGUACCCCUCUCCCCAGCGCUGAGUAUCGUCCUCAAUAUCUAUUUGAUGCUGAAGCUCAGCUACAUGACGUGGCUCCGCUUCGCCAUCUGGCUGCUCUUAGGCCUGCUCGUGUACUUUGGUUACGGCAUCUGGCACAGCAAGGAGAACCUGCGGGAGCCCAGGCCACAGCGCGUCAGCGCCCGCUACGUGGUGUUCCCCAGCGGCAGCCUGGAGGAAAGGGUGCAGACGGUCCAGCCCAGCUCCCAGCCCACCGUCGGGCCGCCGGACACCAACACCGAAGACUGCAAGAGAUGACACCCCAGGGGAUGGGGGCACCUGGCUAUGGGAGCAUCUGACCCCCUCCCCAUGGUGAGGCCAGAGACACCCCCUCCUCCUCCCAGUCCCUUCAGCAGCAGAGCCACCAGAGCUACCCUGGGCUUGAGGCUCCAUUUGGAGAUGCCGAGGAUGCUCCCCCUUCCCCACCAGCUCUCCACGGGGGAGGGAGGUGCUGGCCCCCUCCCUCCCCAGCACUCAGGAACUGGGUCUCAGCCCCCUCAACCCAGUGCCUGCCCUGCUCACAGGAGCAGCAUCCUCGCCACCUUCCCCUGAGCACAUCCAGGCACCGUGCAGCAAAUCUGCUUUCUGCUGGCCCUUCCUUGCACCUGGGGAUGCACAGGGGUGCAGAGGGAUGCAGAGGGUCCCCAGGGACCGGGGUAGGCAGCCCAGCACUACCCAUCCUGGGCCUCCCCCUGGCUGCAGUGUGGGAUCUGGCUGCAGCCCUGCAGAGCUCCCCUGCCUCCUGCUGAGCCCUCCUGCAGAAGGAGGCAGGGGCCGAAUGCACUUCCCCACUAGCAUCCCUGCCAUCCCCAUCCCCAGGGCCGCUCUCCUAAAAGGCUGAGGCUGCCGAGGAGCAGCUGGGGACAUGAGAUGGAGAACAGAUGUGGCCAGAGUGAGUGGCUGGGCAGGGACCCCAGGAAAGCCCGUAUGGGCUGGCAUGGCAGAAGCCCAGCUGCAUCUUCCCAGCCGCCAGCAGCAGCUGUUUCAGGGUGGGCUGGAGGCCGUGCCUGGCUGGAAGCUCAGCUGGAAGGUCCUACCAUGGUCCUGCCCAGGCCAGGCUCUUGCCCCAGCCCUGUGCUGGGUGUGGGCACUCAGGACACCAGAUUUGUUGCCUUGUCCCCAGAGGUCCCCAGCAGCAUCCCUGGGCUGGGCUGCCUGGAGCUGGCCCCCUUUUCCCCUGCACCCAAGCAGCACAGCCUGCACUGCUGCCUGCCCCAGCAAGGGGGGCUCAGCCCCCCGUGAUGCCCCUCCCAGGCUCUCAGUGGUUUGGGAUGGGCUCUGCAGGUGCUUUUUGGUGUUGCCCCCUCUGUGGAGAACAUCCCCAUGCUCUCAGGCUCACCCUGGCUGCCAUGGUGUCCUGGCAGGGGGCCCCCAGCAGCACUGCUGCAGCCUCCGCUGGCUGGUUUGCCCAUGGGCAGCCUAAAGUGAAAGGGAAGGGCGUUUUAGCAUGUUUUGGAAGAAAUACAUGGAGGAAACAGUCAGUCAAGCACCAGGUUGCCAAACUGCCAUGGCCUUGCAGUGUGGACACCCUGCUCCCUGCAGCUGUGCUGGACGUGCAACACCAUGCACAUCCUGCAAAGAGCUGGAACUGCAGGCAAGCUCGUCCCAUUGCUUCUCGCUGGCCAGUCUCUCAGGGUGCCUAGAGAGGCCAUGGGGGUGUCUUUACGGUGUGCUGGCUCCCUGGUGAACCCCUCUGUCUGCCAGCGCUGCUCUGUGUCCCACCUCGCCCUUCACUGCUGCUGCUGCUGACAGAGCAGCACGUCCCCGCCGUGCUGUGGACCUGCUUGGCACCUCUGUGUAGUGGCUUGUGAGCAACAGGCUGACACGGUCAGCCUCAUAAAUACUGGUUCUGUGAUGGCUUCGUUUGUUUGUGCUGUGUAUCCCCCACAAGAGUCCACGUGGGGAAGCUGCCCCCCCCAGCCAAUGUGCAGGAAAGCCCCCUCAAAGCUUGGGGAGAGUCGUGCCACCCGCUGCCACCCUGCAGCCACGUUCCUCCCAGGCCCUGCAAGAGCAGCAGUGGGCUGUGCGUGGCGGUGCAGACCCUGCCCACGGCUGGGGUUGGAGCCGGGCACGGAGGGUCACCGUGCCCGGAGUCUGGCUUCCCAGCUGCCAGCACAUGCUUCCGGAGCAGGGCUGGCAUGCGUGAGCUGCACAACGCCUGGCCACCUCCUCCAGGCACCGCCAAGAGCAGCUUUGUUCCUCUGGCACAGGCAUUUCGUUCAUGAAGACAGGCUCCAGCUGGACCUACAGAAACUGGGACCCCCAAGGGGCUGGGGCAGCCAUGCAAAGGCAGCCUGGAACUUGAGUUUUACAGCUAUAUAAAUAUAACUAUAUUCCCCAGAUGGGCCUGAACCCCUUUGUCAACAGUGAGGGUGACGCUGAGCAGCGCCAGGACAGAUUCGUUCAAGCUGCCAAGUUGAAUGGAUGGGAGAAGUUGUGAACCAGUGCAAAUAAUGGCAAAUAAAGUGGGAGUCACUUGAGAUAACCCAUAGAUAGUCCCAGCCUUGCUGGUGUCAUUCAUUAGGGACGUUUCCUUCCUGUGAUAAUACAGUCAUUCUUUAUUAAAAAAAUAAAGUAUUCGACAGGUAUCUGGGGAGGCAGACAGACUUAACUCUCCUUAUCAAUUGUCAGCUUUUAAUCGCUGCUAUAAAUCCAUUGUCAGCAGGAUAAAGGCGAGUAGAAAGAAUGACAGUGAGCAAGGGAACCCGGCGCAGGGUUGGGGAAGAGCAGUAAAAGUCAUAACAGAGCAGGACAGGCUGAGGUUCAAAACACUUUUCUGUUCUCUUUUAGAGGAAAGACCAUAGACAUUGUAAAAUACUCUCAGCUGUCACUGGGGCCGGGCUCACCCAGCGUGGGCUCUCAGUUGGCUUUCUAAACUGGCAAAGACCUAAACGUUGUCAAAUGAGCCUCAUAACCACUGAUAUUUAAGCUGUUUUAAAAUGUUGAUUUGUAAAAAUGCAGAGAAAUUACUGCUGGGCUGUGCUGGAGAGGCAGGGAGCGAUGGAGCUGUGGCCGGCAGGGAAUUAAAGGAUUGAAACGUAAUUAACACCAGCCUGAGAGGCGAGCGUGCCCUCUCGAGCACGCUUGUGGGUUUUUUUGAAAUAGGAUUUCGGUUCAUCUGUGCCAUACACCAUCCUACUGCAGUAGCAUGCCCUGUACAGGUGUAGAACAUGCAUUAAUUGAUUUUCUAUUAUCUGCCUGUUAAAGCAAACACAAAAAAGGGGGUCCGGCAGCAGCCAUUGCCACCGAGGGAGCCCUCCUACAAUGAUUUGUUCCUGAAAGCUGUAUCGGCAGGGAAAAAAAAAUAUCCAAACCGAACACUGUCAGCGGUGCUUUAAGAUGGCAACCUGUAAUUGUAGGAGAAAAAA